AUAACUGCUGCUUGGAUUUUGGUCUGGUUAAUUUUGGUUAAAAAUUUACAUGUUACUGGAAUUUUAAUCCUUCUUAUUAGUUUUUAAAGAUGGCAUUGGUUGAUAAAGACAUGGGAUGGACAUGCAUUCUGUCCAGACAAUGUUUACAAAUGGAAUCAAUCAAAGUUGAAUUUAGUGAAAAAUAUAAUAGAAAGGCAUGUCCAAUGCUUGAUUGCAAAAUAAGCAAAAUGUGGGAGAAAAUAUUAGCAAAGAAUCCAAAGCUUUACAAUGCUAGCAAAUUUCGUUUUCAUGAUGCAAUUUUAAAUCCAGAUGGAGAACUGGAAAUGAAGGUUGGGAUGACUGACUAUAAAGACACUGUAUGCACCCACAUUGAAGCAAUUACAGAAGACAUUAUUGAUAUACGAAAGUAUGGUGUAGAACAAUAUGGGGAUCAAUGUGCAUGUUUUUCUAAUCCAAUUGGUGUGACAGCUGCAGUCUUAAGUAAUGACAAUCAUAUUGUUGUUAUUAAGAGAGCUGAUUGGGUUGCAGAGUCAAAAGGAAAGUUGGAUACAGUUGGAGGACAUUCUGAGCCUGGAGAAAUGUUGAAGAAAUUGAACAUGAAGGAAUCAAAAGUGUUUGAUGUGGAUAGUACACAUGUCUUGUAUGAAAUUUUUCAUUCUAUAAUACGAGAAGUACGUGAUGAGGUGAAUGUUCCUGAAUCGUCUUUAUCCUGGCCUUUAUUACUUGGAAUUAUUCGUAAUGAAGAGACUGCACUAAAGCCAUGCUUCAUAUUCCUAAUUUGUUGUAACCUGUCUAAAGAUGAAAUUGCACAUUUGUAUUCGCAAGGUGGACCUGAAACAGAUGAAUCAACAGAGCUCAAUUUUAUCUCCAAAAAGAACAUUGAAUCAUACUCAAAGAACGAUUUUUCAAAUAUGAGGAAAAGUUGGUCUCCAUGUGGUCUUGCUACACUGUUUUAUUAUCAUCAACAUUUAAUAAAUGAACAUUUAACAAAAAUAACAAAUUAAAAUGGAAUAAAAAUCUGCGUGUCCUACAA